AUGCGCCUUGCGGGUCUCGACUUUCUCGGUUUACUGGCAGUGCUCUCCACGGUCUCUUCCGCUGGCGCUGUUGUCAAACAUCCUAUACCCCGUCGGGACCCUUUCGUUGACCCCAAACAUGAUCCAUACAAUCCUUUAAGAUAUAUCGCGACCAAUUCCUUGACGGCAGUUGCAUUCUCACUCGUUUUACUCGUAGGCUUGUUGCAAUCGUUGUGCAUGAAGAGGUGGGGCGCGAGAUGGAUGCUAUCCAUGGUGAUAGGAGCCUACACCUUUGCAUUCGGCCUCGCAACACGAUUCGGACUACAUCUCCAUCCUCAAUCCAAGGGUCUCUAUAUCGUGGAAUAUUUGUUUGUUGUCCUAUCUCCUUGUGCAUUUAUUGCCUCAGACUACGUCCUACUUGGUCAGAUUGCGAGGCAUCUGGGAGUAGACGAGUACCUCCUUAUCUCUCCCCGCCGAAUCACUGUUGUCUUCAUUUUGUCCGACGUUACAACUUUUCUGAUACAGGCCAUUGGUGGUGCAUUAUCCGCAUCCGCAAACCAUGUAGAUCAGGCCUUGGUGGGAUCUCGUGUGUUUUUGGCCGGACUUGCCGCACAACUCGUCUCUUUUAUUGUGUUCACUUGCGUCUACCUAUUGUUUCUUUGGCGAGUCCGCAAACAUCGUCCGGAAGUAUGGUCAGUAGACAAGGAUAAGGCUUGGAGUAACGAUUGGCGCGCCCUCGCAGCAGCUUUAUUCAUCAGUUGUAUUGGAAUUCUGAUUCGUUCUGUGUUUCGUGUUGUAGAGCUUUCGGAGGGAUUCCAAGGCCAUCUCGCAACUUCUGAAGCGUUUUUCUAUGCGCUGGAUACUCUACCUCUGUUUAUGGCCAUCGCUAUCUAUAUUCCCUUUUGGCCAGGCCGAAUUCUUGCAUCAGCACAACCAAAUGAGCAAAAGGCGAGGGAGAUGGAGAAAGAAGAGGUGACUCGGAUUGAGUAGGUUUGGUGUUUUGCACCUUUACAUACAUAGACAAUUGCGAACUACAUAAUACGAUCGUGCGACGAGUUAGAAAGUCCUCCCAGAAAGGCGGCCAAACCAUUCCCAUCCUGAGAUCUCGAAUGGUCUUUCUGCCGCUCACGGUUCCUUGAUAACAAUUCUUGCAGACCUUGUUUCUUCCUUGAACGUGCUUUGGGUUGCAGGCUUGUGGCCUGUGUGAUGGGUAAUUGGUUGGACGAGGAGUGAUCGGUGGGUGUAGUGGGUGGCAAAUCAGGAUUUGGAAGUGAUUUAGAGACUUUAUCUAGCGGAUCCAACUGCACGCCACCGCAGGCAUGGCAGAGAGUGCGGAGGAGGGAUGGAGAGGUGGGCGUGUGUGAAAGGAAGCUGCGAUGACUGAAGCCAGCAUCAAAUUGACGACCACAUUUUUUACAUGUGUUGAAAGUAUUGUUAUAUGGGUGGUGGCGACGAGCACGACAAGUGUGGAGAGCAGCAAGCUCUGAAGAGACGGCGAGCAAGACAAAAGGAAGUGAU